AUGUUUCAGCUGGGUGAUGAUGGUCAUAUUUCAAUUCCUACUUACAUUUCUUUAGAGUUCUUGUAUCAUUGGGCAAACCUGAUUACCCCCCCCUUCCCCUUCACUCCCCGUUACUCCUGCACCGGGGAAAGGCGCUCGAAUACCUGCACAUUCUUUCCAUAUGCAGUACAGGCCUGCCCUGAUCUGAUACAUUUGUUUAUCUUUUCAUCUCAAUCAUUGUUUACUAAAUAUUUUUACCGCCUACUGUUGUUUCUUGUUUUUCUUCUCCUCCUCCUCCUCCUCCUCCUCCUUCUUCUUCUUUCAUUAACUCCUAGUUUUCUCUUACACCCCCAUUUUAUCUUUUUACUUCUUUUUUCUCUCCCUCAUCCACCUAUUACUUUUUCAUUUUCUUUCUUUCUUUCUUUCUUUCUUUCUUUCUUUCUUUCUUUUAACUAUUCACUUUUUAUUCUGAGUCCUCCUUAUUUCUUUCUUCUUUCUUGUAUUAUUUCUCACAAGCCGAACAUCCAGAACGCGCCAUUUUCUUUAUCUUUACCCCCCCUGCUCCUCAAUCUAUUCUCUCCCUGCUCACUCCCACUUCUUCUCUUUGGGAAUCCUUUCCUCUUUCUUCCCACCUUUUUACUCGACUCUCUGCAUCGUCCAUUUCUUUUUAUCUUCAAGUCCUUUUCAGGCAAUGAACGCGCAAAAUCUUCUUUCAUUUUGUUUAUGUUUCGCUUGUUUGGGAAAUUACCGGGCGCGUGA